GCGCAGUGUCUUCUGGAGAAAAGGGAUUCCCAAAUUUAUCCGCUCGUUGUUCACCUCGAGACACAUUCACAGCCAUCAUGACUCGCGUUAAGGAAGUGGAGUCUUUGGAAGCCUUCAAGAAAGAACUGAAGGACGCUGGAAGCAACCUGGUGGUGGUGGACUUCACAGCCACCUGGUGUGGCCCCUGUAAACAGAUAAGCCCUGUUUUUGAGAGCCUGUCGGGAUUGCCUGAGAACAAGAACGUGGUCUUCCUCAAGGUGGACGUGGAUGAGGCUGAGGAUAUUUGUCAGGCCUUUGAGGUUAGAAGCAUGCCCACAUUCAUUUUUUUCAAGAAUGAAGCGCAGGUGCACCGCUUCUCUGGUAAUGACCAAGGUCAACUGAAAGAAAAAGUGCAACAGUUGAGAACAUAAAGUCCCACCAACUAAUCCACAGACACCCUCAUUGUACAAACCACAGUAGCCACUUUGCCUUCAAAGAAAUCCCAGCACCAUGUUGUGUAAAGUAACGAUCAGUUCUUCUAUACCACACAAGAAAUAGUUAUCUUUUCCACUCAUCACGUAUUGCUAAAAAACUCUAGUCCUGUCAGUUCUUUGUAUGUAUUGACUGUUUUAACUAGUUGAAAUUUGAUUAAAAUCUGAUGAUCACUCUUUAUUCACUUUUGUAUGAGAAAUUUACUUCACUCCUGACUAGUUCCUAAACGGUCUUUGCAUGUUGUGUUCAAUAAGGUGGAUUUAAUAAAUAAAGAUGAGCUACAGAAA